AUGGCUGCGCUUCCCCAGUUCGACUAUCUUUUCGCUAUUGGCACCAUAUUCUCGUUCCUCGAUGCGUGGAACAUCGGUGCCAAUGAUGUUGCCAACUCUUUCGCGACAUCAGUCGCCUCCCGAUCCCUUACGUUGAAGCAGGCCAUGGUCAUCGCUUCGUGUAUGGAGUUCGCCGGUGCCAUGGCCGUCGGUGCUCAGGUCACAGACACGAUCCGCACCAAGGUCAUCUCCACGAAGCUCUUCGAGUCCGACCCGUCCGUCCUCAUGCUCGGUAUGGUCUGCGCCAUCGUGGGGUCGUCCGUAUGGCUUACAAUCGCAACUCGCUUCACCAUGCCCGUCUCGACGACGCACUCCAUCAUGGGUGGCGUUAUAGGCGUGGGUAUUGCUGCUAUCGGUGCCGACGGUGUCAACUGGGAGUGGGAUGGUGUUUCCCAGGUCUUCGCGGCGUGGGCAAUUGCGCCGGGCAUUGCUGGGAUCUUCGCGUCCAUCAUCUUCCUCGCAACGAAAUAUGGAGUCAUGCGCAGGAAGAACCCGGUCAAGAUGGCUUUUAUCGCCGUUCCAUUUUACUUUUUCCUCACAUCGGCCCUGCUGACCAUGCUUAUCGUGUGGAAAGGUGGCUCGGCCAGGAUCGAUCUGGAGGACCGGGAGCUUCCUGGUCCCAUUCUCGGUGUGGGUGCCGGUGUCGCGCUUCUCGUCGUCGUGUUCUUUAUUCCGUAUCUCUACCGCAAGAUUCUCAAGGACGAUUGGCAGUUGAAGGGGUGGCAAGUCAUUGAAGGCCCUCUUCUACUCCGACGUCCCGAUCCACCAGCUCGUCCCGAGGGUGUCCAAGAGGGUGGCAUCCGAGACUAUUACGAGGGACAUUUGACCAGGGAUGAGCUUGACGCCAGGAGAGCUGCCGCGGGACACUCCAACGAUAUCGAGAGACACCCGAUAGGAGAGGGGGCCGAUGCCAACGAGAAGGGUAGUUCUGCCUCAGACAUCAUCCCGGCGCCUCGAGCCAACGAGAACUCCACGCUGAAGGACAAGCCGAUUGAUCCCAAGCUCGCCGCCCCACCAGGACCCUUGUACGCACCAGCUGUUGCGUUCUUCUGGGCAAAGUACUGGUUCUGGCAUGGUGUCGAUCAGGAGGUCGUGUCGGCCCAGGGAAAGAGGGACUUCCUCUCGGGCGACAUCGAAGCCAUACACGCUACCGGCGAACACUUCAACAACGAAGCUGAAUAUACCUACUCCUUCCUCCAGAUCCUCACCGCCUCCACCGCCUCCUUCGCACACGGCGCCAACGAUGUGUCCAAUGCAAUCGGCCCCUACACCACAAUCUAUUUCAUCUGGCAGACAGGAGAGAUCAACUCCAAGGUCCCCGUGCCGACCUGGAUCCUGGCCUUUGGCGGCGCGGCCAUCGUCGUCGGCCUCUGGACGUACGGCUACAACAUCAUGCGCGCGCUCGGCAACAAGAUCACCCUGCACUCGCCGUCGCGCGGCUUCUCGAUGGAGCUCGGCGCCGCCAUCACCAUCAUCAUGGCCACCAAGCUCAAGCUGCCCGUCUCGACCACCCAGUGCAUCUGCGGCGCGACCGUCGGCGUCGGCUUCUGCAACGGCACGUGGAGGAGCAUCAACUGGCGGAUGGUCGCGUGGAUCUACAUGGGCUGGUUCAUCACGCUGCCUUGUGCUGGUCUGAUCUCUGGCCUGCUCAUGGGUAUCGUCCUGAAUGCUCCUCGAUGGGGAACUGGUAUUUAG